AAAUAAAGUAAGCACUGGGGACGAGGUUGAGACGGAUCGGACCUACGGCCGGAAGGCCACCGUGCGGCCACCUGACUGUGCUUAACCCGUACACGCGGUACAUAACGUCACUCCUGCAGUCUAGUCCUGGGUUUUAAACAAAUCGCUGAAUUGCACCAAUUCAAACAAUAAUACCCGCACUAAUUAGGUACCCGUGUCAACAACACUCAUACUUCAUAGUCAUAGGCCUGUAGUACUCUGUAUAGGCCAUGGAGGUAGGCCUAGGGGCCUAACGUUGGGGCCUAGGCACCGAUCCUCUGCUCUGUUCCCCGUGUAAAUGUAGUUGUGCUGGCGUCUAGUAUCGAGAUUCCAGUAAUUAUGCCGAUAAGAAACCAAGACACAAGGAUGGCUAAUGCAGUCAAUGGAUUCCAGCAUUCUACACACUCUGGUCAAGGCAACCAUGAUGCAUACACUGUCUACACCCAGUCGGACACCAACCACCCACCAUUAAUAAACUCUGGAUCCACCAGCGUUAAUACAAGCCGUGAUUCCAACAACCAACGUGUGCAGCAGCUACGGAAGGAGUUGCAAUUCUCUACAGUGCGCCGAAUGUUCUGCCUGGUUGUUCUGUUUGACUUUCUACUGAUGACGGUAUUAUGGUUCAUCUAUGUCAACCUAACAAACUCUAGCAUAGCUGCCAGCCUGAAGUGUCAAGUGGAGAAAUACUCUAUGCAGACGUCACUCUUUGAUUUCCCAGUAAUCACUGCCUGUCGAUUCAUCAUUCUUCUGUCAGUAUAUGCAUUGUUCCGCAGCAAACGAUGGUGGACUCUUGCUGUGACUACCACUCUAUCGUGUGGGUUUGUGAUUUCUAAAGUCUUUGUGUAUGAUUUUGAGUAUAAAAAGCAUGAUACGAAUGCCUGUGUGCCAUUAGACACCAAGGCGCAUCCAUUAGACUUCAUCAUUGCUAUAGUUUUCUUCAUUAUGCCAUGGAUAGAGACUUGGGUCCUUGACAUUCAGGUUCUCCCGAGAGAGAAAAGACUCCAACAUGAGCUUGCAAAUCUGAUUGGCCAAGAAAAUAUUACAGAGCGAACUCCUUUGUUGCAACAUGAAGCAUUUCCUGGCAACAGUGAGCCUAUCAGAUUUUACUCCCCAGAGGGAUCUCAAGCCUCAGAUGAAGAGAGUGGAUCUGACUACAGUGGAAGUCUUCGCUCCCAUGCAUCAGAGUUCCAAUCCUUGCCAAACAGUCAAAGAGGAAGUUCUGUCAACCUUGCUGCUUCUAUUCAGGAACAAGAGUACCUUCAGAGGGCUAAGGAGUCACUACGAUUCCUGGACAGAAUUUUAGCCAAGCAUGACGGCUGGCGUAAUGAGUUGAAGAAAGAGGAAUAUAAUGCAGUUAUCACAAGUAAUAGAUUUGACAGCAUCAAGGGAAAGGUCUACAAAUUAGAGACCCAGUUACCAGUUCCUCCAGAGCAAGUUGUGGUUGUACUCUGGGAUAAAGCUGAGAAUACUCCAAGUUGGAACCCAACAGUUCUUGUGAGUGAGGUUCUACAACAGAUUGAUGACCACACAGAUAUUCUGUAUAAUGUAAGCACAGGGGGACCAGGCAAUAUAGUAGCUGGCAGGGACUUUGUUGCUGUGCGGAAUUACUGGCAGCGAGGGGAUGUGCAUGUAUGUAGCAGCAUUGCAGUUGAACAUGCCAAGAAACCUCCAUGCAGUCAGUAUGUCAGGGGAUUCAAUGGACCCACUGGAUGGUUACUUGAACGGCUUGAUGGUGACCCAUCCCAGUCCAAGUUUACAUGGAUUCUCAACACUGAUCUGAAUUUUAAGGUCUGGACACCACAGGCCAUCAUUGAUACCGCCCUCUGUCAUGUACUCAUGGACAUUUGCACCAGCCUUCAAAAGCAUCUACAACAGCUCCCUCAGGAGGCCAAAGUUGUCCAGCCACAAUUUGUGAACAUACAAGAUGCAGAGAAGGCUAGCAUCGGCAGCUUUGAGGAUGUGGAGGAACAUUCACCAUCUCUGGACAGCUUUGGCUCAGUGUAACUAGAUUGAUUCAGAGUUGAAGAGGCUGAAGGUUGAGAUAAUAAAUGAUUUAUAUUUUGAGAUAUGCCCAGGGUGUAACAGCCACCAUUUCGAGUGUACAUGUACAAUGUUGUGAUAUGUGGUGAGGAUAUUUUGGAAAUGCCCCUUGCAGUGUUGUAGUCGAGUUCUUUUUUCCGAGUACCAAGUACUGCCGAGCACUUAGGUUGCUGAGUACAAGUACGAGUACUGUACUUCCGAGUACAAGUCCGAGUACGAAUACUUCCGAAUAUGGCCACAGGGCAAAUGGUUUACUGUGCGUAAUUGGCCCGGGCCCAGUCAGACCGAUACACAGACCCACUCAUGGCUAGCUGUUAAAUGUGUUUGUCCAGAUGUGCACAGAGGAAAAUCAGGAAAC